AUGGAACUCUUAUACGAAAGACGAUUUGGGUUACGAUCAAAUUUUACGUUUUCGUGUAAAAUGUGUAAGAUAGUGCGUAUUAUUGAGUCUGAAGAAGAAAGACCAAAAUCAUACAUGCCAAUCAAUGAAGCUGCUGUGAGUGGUUCAAUUUCUAUAGGCAUCGGCCAUUCCCAGCUAGAAGAAAUUUGUGCUACAAUGGACAUUCCAAGCAUGACUAGUAACACGUUUAUAAGAAAUCAUGAUAUUAUUGGAAAAAAGAUUCACGAAAUAGCUGAGAACGUUAUGAAGAUUGCUGGCGAAGAAGAACGAAAAUUAGCUAUAGAAAAUGGAGAUAUUGACAGUGAUGGUAUUCCUAUGUGCACAGUUGUAGCAGAUGGGCAAUGGGGAAAAAGAAGCUAUAAAACAAAAUAUGACGCUUUAUCUGGUGCAGCUACGAUAAUAGGAUAUAGAACAAAAAAAAUUUUGUUUAUCGGUAUAAGAAAUCGAUACUGCGUUAUUUGUCAAAAAUCGUUAAAUAAAAAAGAGCCAAUACCGACACACGUUUGUUUUAUGAACUGGUCUAAAUCUGCGACAGGCAUGGAAGCUGAUGCUGUAAUGGAAGGAUUUAAACGGAGUGUGGAAAUGCACGGAUUAAAAUAUGAUAAAAUUAUAGGCGAUGGAGAUUCUAGUGUAACAAAACGUUUAAAGGAAAGUAUGCCAUAUGGACCCAAGUUCAUAAUUGAAAAAAUAGAAUGUCGUAAUCAUUUAUUACGAAAUUACGGAACAAAAUUAAUGGCUGUUAUAAAAAAUAUCAAAUAUCCUAUAAUCUUGAGAAAACACAUAAAAAAAAAUUUGAAGCGUUUUAGAUUUGCGAUUGUAAAAUCAAUUGAUUACAGAAAUAAAUUGCAAAAUCAAUCCACAAGUCAAAAGAUAAAUGGAUUACGUAAAGAUAUCAACAACAGUUUUCAACACAUUUUGGGUGAACAUAGUCAAUGCGAAUUAUAUUUUUGUAAAGGUGCGAAAGAAAAUGAAAAAAAUUUAUUGAAUGAAGCACAACAAUCUGGCAUGGUUCAAGAAAUUGUACAAAUCAUCGGACGAUUAACAACUAAUGCUAAUACCACGGAGUAUGGAAAAUCUAUGGAACCUCAAGCAAUUAAAAAAUUUGAAGAAAUUAGUGGUAAAAAAAUAAUGUCUUGUGGUCUUUUUAUUGAUGAAAAUACGUCUUAUUUUGCCGCCACGCCUGAUGGAUUAAUAAUUGAAGAUGACUCAUUAAUUGAGAUAAAAUGUCCCUAUUCUGCCAAAGAUUAUUGUAGUUGUAUUGAUGCUGUGAAGGAUAAAAAGUUGCCGUUUUUAAAAUACGACAAACACACUGAAAACAUAAAAUUAAAAUCUGAUAAUAAUUAUUAUUAUCAGAUUCAGGGUCAGAUGCACAUUUGUAAAAAAAAGUCAUGUCACUUUUUCGUUUUUUCUGACAAAUGGACUUAUCAUGAAAUCGUGAUGUAUGAUCAUGAUUUUUGGUUACAAAUGGAAAAAAAAUUAGAUCUUUUUUAUCAAGAAUGUUUAUUGCCAGAGAUAAUUAAUCCACAGUACAGUAGACGAAUGUUUCUAUCGGAUAUUAAAGAUCCACCACAUAUAAUAACUGCGAAAAAGAAAUAA